UUAAAUAAUUUUUGACAUUAGUCUCUUCAGUUUUUAGAAUUUCACUAAAUUAGUUAUGACGUUCGUUAGUAAACUAAAAUAACAUAGUGUAUAAUUAUUUAAAAAUGAAUGUAAAUAAUAUCGCAGAAGAUCGUUUAGCUCCUGCUUUAGAUGUUAUUGAAAGUCCACGGAAAAGAAUGCGCGUCGAUAAUUCCUCUCGCAAAAGCUGGAGUUUGAUGGACAGAAGAACUGAUUCUGAUGUUCUCAAUGAGAUGGGUGUCAGUUUAUUGGACCCGGAGGAGGAGCAAUCAGAGCAUAAUGUGCAGAAAUCAUUAAAAAGAAAACACGACAUAGAGAAUGUUAAUCCUAAUGUGAACAGCGUGUCCCGGGGACGGUUCAGCCCCAGGUCUCCACUGAAGAUGAGCCCCGGACCCUCUAAGGUACUGGCGAAAAGUCCACGCAGCUGUGAUAAGGCCAAGCCGGAUCUGGACUCGUCGCUGCCCCUGACAUAUGUCAAUGAUGAGGAGACCCCGCUCGGCCAAUCGGUGGCCGUUUCGUGUAAACACGCGGCAAAACCUCACAACACCAGCAAGAAGGAAAACUAUUUCGAUUUGGCCCCCCCCGUGCCCAGCCCCCCCGCGGACGGAGGGGACUCCUUCCUGUCUCUAUCAGACGAGGUGGUGCUGUCAGUGAUGCGCUGGCUGCCGAAGAGGACGCUAGCUCACUGUAUGCUGGUCUGCAAACGAUGGCGUCGAAUAGCCUCCGAUGAGACCCUCUGGACCCGCCUGGACCUGGGGAACAAGACCCUCGCGGCGGGGGCCUUAGGAAAGGUCGUCAAUAGGACACCCAUAGUACUGCGGCUGGCGGGGAGCGAGAUAGGCGAAUGGCAUCCCGAGCCAGCUCCAGUACAAACAAGAAUCCAGUAUCUGGACCUGAGCAUGUGCACCAUAGACUAUAGAACUCUUGAGAGUUUGCUCAGUCGGUGCUCAGGGCUCAAGAAACUCAGUCUGGAGAAUGUUAAACUGAGCGAAUACAGCCAGGAGUUGAUUGGGAAAUGCAGCGGCCUUGAAACCCUAAACCUGGCUAUGGCUCAAGGCAUCACAGCAACCGGACUGACUAACAUACUAGAGGGAUGUCCCGGCCUGUCCUCGCUGAACAUCUCCUGGUGUAACUUGAGCGAGGCGGCGCUGGAGGUGCUGGUGACGAGGCUGCCUCAGAAGUUGAGCCGGCUCAACAUAAGCGGCGCUCGCAGUAUGACUGACGAAAAUGUCCAGGCAUUGUCGUGUCGCUGCCCGCGCCUGCUGGAGCUGGACGUGUCGGACUGCUCUCGUCUCAGCGCCUGUUCGUUGAGCGCCCUGCUGCCUCUCACCCGCCUGGAACACCUGGCGCUCAGCCGCUGCUACCUGCUGCCGCCGCACGCGCUCACUAAGCUGUCUCGCAUGUCCUCCCUUCAAUUCGUGGAGGUGUGGGGGACUCUGCAGCACGCGUCCCUGGCGGCGCUGCGGGCAGCCCUGCCGGCGGUCACCAUCAACCAGUUCAUGUUUAGCGCCAUCGCCCGCCCAACGGUCGGCACGCGGCGGACAUCGGUAUGGGGUCUAAGGACUAGAGACUGAACACAAAGUAAAUAAUAGUUAUAUUAUAAUAAACCCUUAAUACUGGUUGUUAACUUAGCGACUGUGAGUUUAGUAGUUAACGGGAACUGUAAUGAUUAGAGUACAGUUUUCUUAGAACUUUUUCGAUCAAUCUUCAAGUAAAUCAUUGUAUUUGGUGCUUUAAGACUUAGGUGUAUUUAGAAUGAAAACUCGUAGUUGGCUCGAGCCUAGUACAAGUAUGAACGUAACAACUGAAUGUAUUAUAGUUUUUAUUCAAGAAAAUCAGCAAAUUUAUUAUACGAAAAGAUUGAUGAAUUGGACACCUACAAACUGUCAGUGUGCACGUUAAAACGCAGUGCUUGUUAACCAACAUCGCGGUAGGAGGUGUACUGUGUUUGUCUGUACUGUAAAUGAUUCGUCUAUGCGAAGGGCUGUAGAUGUGAGGGUAGUGUACAUAUUGACAAAAUAUAUUUAUAAUUUUCC